AUGAGAUUCAACUUCGUCCUGGCCUUUGGUCUUGCUGUCCUCGUGGCGACCGUCUAUGGUGCCUCUAAUUCAACUUCAACGGCCAGCAACUCGACUUCGGCCACUACCACCACCACCACGACGACGACUACCACAACCACGACGGUCCCCACCCCCACCGAGAGUGCCACUGACUCCUCCUCGAGCUCCGACAGCGAGGAGGUGAAGAAGCUGAGGCGCAAGCUUCGCAGGCUCCGCCGGCUGAGGCGUCAGGAGAGGCGCCAGGAGAGGCGCCAGGAGAUUCGCCGGGAGAGACAGGAAAAGCGCGCGGAGAAACGUGCGGAAGGAAGGCGCCAUCGUAGGGGAUAA